AAGAAAGAGAAAGACCGAAAGAGAGAGCGAUUGAGUGUACUGCGUUCGUAAGAUUAGACAGUGGGAGGGGUAGUUUUGAAUAAGCAAAGCUCACACCCCUGGGAAAUACACUCAACAUUUUCAGUUUGGCUGCGUGAAGCCGGUGACAAGAAAGGCUACGGCAAACUGCAGAUGACAGCUAAUCUUUAGUCUACUUGCGAGAUGUACGGUAGCCUACCGUGUGUAACGUAUGUAACUAUUCUAAACUAGUUUUCAUGUGUUGGUUAUAUCGGUAACCGCAGUUGUCUUGGCCAGCAUGGACAGUGAAGCAAGGGCGAAUGGGGAGGACAUCACUCUCAACAAACUAGACGACAUAGAAGCAAACCACGACCGUCUUGACCCCUCUGGAAAGGUGUACCGAAUGAUUAACAUGAAUCACUAUGCCACUAGGAAGAGUGUAGCUCAGAGUAUGCUUGAUGUGGCUCUACUCAUGGCUAACUCAUCCCAGCUAAAGACUGUCCUAUAUAUGGAGUCACAGUACAGAUUCUACAAACCUCUCAUAGUACUGCUGUCCGUGUCUAUUACGCUACAGGUUGUCGUGGGACUACUGCUGGUCUUUAUAGUGAAGUAUGAUCUGAAUGAUGUGAGGAAACACUCAAAGCUGAACAUGAUGAACAACACAGCAACAGUAUUUGUUUUCUUCACAGUCAUCAUCAACAUCUUCAUCACUGCGCUAGGCUUUGAGGGUGCUGUGAUAGGACUUCCAGAACCCCAAUCCUUCCUUCUGACCACUGAACAGAACCAGACCGGAGGCCUCUAGGCCACAACCUCAAAUGAUCCUCAGACAACUGGCAGGUUGUAGAGCACAAGCUUAGCACAAGCUGGCCUCAAUUUAACCGGAGGCUUGUACAACCUGAACACAACAUCAGCAGAAACCUGGAACCUAACCCCAACCUACAGUACUGUCAGUUAUCUCUAGUGACAGGGCAGUGCAGGUGCCAGAGGUCUGCACACUCAAAAAGUUCUACAGCUACACCAUCGAGAGCAUCCUGACCGGUUGCAGCCCCGCCUGGUAUGGCAACUGCUCAGCAUCCGACCAUAAGGUGCUACAGAGGGUAGUGCGUAAGGCCCAGUACAUCACUGGGGCCAAGCUUCCUGCCAUCCAGGACCUAUAUACUAGGCGGUGUCAGAGGAAGGCCCAAAAAAUUGUCAGAGACUCCAGUCACCCAAUUCAUAGACUGUUUUAUCUGCUACCACACGGCAAGCGGUACCGGGGCGCCAAGUCUAAGUGCAAAAGGCUCCUAAAUAGCUGAACAGUCAAUCAAAUGGUCACUCAGACUAUUUACAUUGACCCCCCCCCCCCCUUUUUGUUUUUACACGGCUGCUACUCGCUGUUUAUUAACUAUGCAUAGUCACUUUACCCAUACCUACAUGUACAAAUUACCUUGACUAAUCUGAACCCCCGCACAUUGACUCGGUACUGGUAUGCCCUGUAUAUAGCCUCCUUAUUGUUAUUUUAUUGUGUUACAUUUGAGUUUUUGUAUCCUGUAAAUGGGCCUUUAUAAAUGUGUUGUUGUUCAGUUGUUUGGGACUCAACAGAACACAACUGCUGUUACCAAAUAAACAACUCUGUGAAUAAACAGCA